GUCAGUGCGGAUAGGAUUGGGGUUUACAGACAGUCUAAACUCCAGGUCCAGAAGAGUUCAGCGAGUUUAUAGCAUCGAAGUGCCCAGUCCAUGUUGAUUUUAUUCAGUGGGUUGGUGGGGACACCACAAGGGUCUAGGCAAUUUGGUCGACUCCGGACACCUUUUCCAAUGAGCGUAAACCAUUUUUAUCUCCUCGUCCUCUUGUCCGGACUGGCAGCUUCAGGCUUGUUACCGGUCAGUGGGCUGAGGGUGGAAACGUCGGGGGAGGUGGAGGCAGUGAACGGUACAGAUGUGUGGCUGAAAUGUACCUUCCAGAGCAGCUCGCCCAUCACCCCAGCAACGCUCACGGUCUCAUGGAGCUUCCGACCCAUCGGACCUGGCCGGGAGGAGUCAGUGUUCUAUUACCAUGAGAGGCCUUACCCUCCCCCGGACGGGCGUUUCCAUAAGCGGGCGAUAUGGGCAGGUGACAUCAUGGGGCGGGACGCCACCAUCGUGGUACGUAAGGUCAAGUUCACUUACAAUGGGACGUUCAGCUGCCAGGUGAAGAACCCUCCGGACGUCCAUGGCAACGCGGGGGAGGUGAAACUGACCGUGGUCACCACAGCCUCCUUCUCUGAGAUGAUCAUGCUUGCUGCAGCCAUUGGGGGCGCCAUCGUGCUGAUGGUCAUCUUCCUCGUCAUCAUCAUGUCAAUAAGACGAUGUCGUGAGAAGAGACGGGAGGAAGAGGGGGCGGAGGAACUACCUCGCAGACAGAGAAAGGACCCUACCGUGUGCCACCCUGCACGGGCCAUCCACCUGUAUGUGGACGAUGACGUGCUAGAGAUUGACAGCUCGGACGGUAUGAUCUCGGAGGCCAGCACCAAGGACCCCAGUUCCUCUGAGGAAGACGACAGGAGCUCUGACUACGGCGGAGGCGAUGACUCUGACUGAGAUGGGGACAGUGAAUGUUGGCUUUAUUUUAGGCGUUACCUCUAUGUGCUUGUGGUAAAACUUAAUCCACAGUUGUUUUUUUUAAACUAUUGAUCCUCCGUGGCUACAUGCUCUGUGGUGUAUUUUAAAAAGAGUGGGCUCCUGUGGUUGGAUAGAAUAUAUACAGUUUGUAUACACUACAGUUCAAAAG